AUGAUCUUCAUUCAUCCGGCGUGUUUCCCUGUCCACAUCAUGGCUUCCGAGCAGCUCUGCGCUGUUGGACCUGCUCGGCGCGCAGUGCGAACGCACGCAGAUCAUAGGAAAGAGCUUCCUGCCAUUGGUUCACCCAGCAGACAGAGCUUCCGCUCAGGCAAGCACCAUCUCUCGCAGGCUGUGUUGGCUGGAUGUGCUGCCUCUGACGGCGGCAGAGCGCAGAGGCGCGUUGGGGUGAGGCUGACAGCCCUCGGAGGAGGAGAUGGGCGAGAGCAGAAGGGGGAUGAGGGGGGAGAAACGAGGGGAGAGCCCCAGGGAGAGGGAUGGGGAGAGGAGGGACAUGGGAGGAAAAAGGGGAGAGGGGUGGGAGAGGGAAGGGGAGAGGAGGAACAGGGGAAGGGAAAUGAGAGAAAGGAGGAAGUCAAAUACAGCAUAUGCAGCAAUGAGUGGCGAUGGCUUGAGAUGUCCGAUCGCCUGCUGCAGCGGUUGGAGGAUUCUGUUGGGCCUGUCAUGGCCUCUCACCAGGACAUGGCUGCAAACUAUGACUCGCACCAUCACAGCUCACACCAUGAGUCCUCACCCGCUAGAGUCGCUCCCGCUAAUGUCACCCGCCCUGCUUCCAACGAGGGGGAGGAGCAGCAGCACGCGGGAAGAAGCAGCAGGAGCAGCAACAGCGGCGUCCACAGCAGUGGCGCUGACAGCGGCUGCGACGCCAGGGAGGCAGAGCUGGGUGAGGAGGGUGUUGGGAGGGGAGAGCAGGCGACAGGGAGUGGAGAGGCGAGUGGGAUUGACGGGGCGAGUGGAGGGUGCAGCAGAGGGGACGGUGGUGUGGAGAGCGGAGAUGGCAGCAUGGACGCAUUGCAGCAGAUGGUGGUUAUGCUGAAGGGAGUCAAGCGGUCGCUGCAGUGGAGCCAUGAGAGCGCCAAGUUCCAUGCCAUCUUCGACAUGUCCAUGGACCCUAUUCUUAUCAACACAGUUGAACACAUACCGCACGACCUCAAUCCUGCUGCCGCCCAGAUCCUCGGGUUCCCCUCCACAUCCGCCGCCCUGGCGAGCCUCGGCAAGGGCUACCUCCUCGAACACUCCCCCGUGCGCCAGCCGUGCGGGCGGGAAAGUUUGGAGCUAUUCAAGGAGCUUCUCGCGGAGAUGAUGGAGCGAAGGGAGUGUGCGCCGUUCGAGUGGGUGCACACCCGAUUGGACGGCUCAGAGUUUCACGUGCUGGCGAAGGUCAAGAUGGUGACGAUCAACGGAGAGCGCUUCUACCUGCUGGUGUGGCACGACAUAACGGAGAUGAAGCGCAAGGAGGAGGAGCUGAAGGCGGCCAAGGAGGCAGCAGAGGCGGGCAACGAGGCGAAGAACCGGUUCCUGGCGAACAUGAGCCAUGAGCUGCGCACCCCCAUGAAUGGCGUCAUCGGUGUCGCCGAGCUGCUCCUCCGCACCCCCCUCACCCCGCAGCAGCGCUCCUACGUCGACGUCAUCUCCUCCUCGGGCACUGCGCUCAUCCAUAUCAUAUCGGAUGUGCUGGAUAUUACCAAGAUUGAGACGCACUCCUUGCUGCUGGACUGCUGCCCGUUUAACCUCCGGGAGACGGUGGCGGAGUGUGUUGAGGCGGUCAAGCCAGCUGCCGAGAACAAGAAGCUUGCGUUGCAGAGCCGGGUGGGAGGGGGCGUGCCGGAGUGGGUGGAGGGGGAUCAGCUGCGGGUGAGGCAGAUCCUCCUCAAUCUGCUCUCCAACGCCAUCAAGUUCACCGACCACGGCCACGUCCUCCUCUCCGCCGCCCCAGCACACAACCCCUUCGACCCUGAGGCUGAAACCACGGCCCCCCUCGACCAUGAAACCACGGCCCCCCUCGACCAUGAAACUACGGCCCCCCUCGACCAUGAAACCACGGCCCCCCUCGACCAUGAAACCACGGACCCUCUCGGCCAUGAAACUACGGACCCCCUCGGCCAUGAAACCACGGACCCCCUCGACCAUGAAACUACGGACCCCCUUGGCCCUCCAGUUGUGCCUGAGAAGCAGCAGGGCGCUCCUUGUGCCGCCCCAGCACACAUCCCCUUCGACCCUGAGGCUGAAACCACGGCCCCCCUCGACCCGCCCCUUGUGCCUGAAAAGGAAGCGGAAGGCGCCUUGGUGCCUGCAGGAAGGAAGCGGCGGCGCGGUGAGACGGAGCAUGCGCGAGCAGAAGCCACAGAGUGCAGGGGCAGUGGUGGUGGGGCUCCUGAGAAACGAGCUUGCCUUUUGGCUGAUCGUGAUGUAGUGGCAGUGGGGGGCGCAGGGGCAGAGGGGGGAGUUGAAGCAGUGGUGGAAGCAGAGGCCAGUGAUUUGGCAGCAGAGGGGAAGGUGGCAGCUGUAGCAGCAGUGCUAAGGGCCGCACGCAUUGCAGAGAGCAAUGAAGUGCGUGCUGGGGUGGAGACAGCAUCCCCGGGGGUGAACACUGGCAGUGAGAGUGGUGAGAGUGUGGAUCCUGAGUUCGUCGCUGUGGCUGCAUCAGCAGCAGCAGAUGCGGCAGCAGACGAUGCAGUGUUCUCGAUCACCUCUCUGCACCCACUCGCCCCUGCACGCCCCCUGCAUGUGGCUCCUCAAACGCCAAUAUCAGCGCCAGCCCCCGCAGACGCUGCAGUAGAUGCUACUACAGCAGAUGGUGCAGCAGAAGAUGAUGUGUUCUCAAUGGCUUCUCCGCACCCAGUCGCCCCUGCUUUCCCACACUCCCUUUCCUUGGAGGGUGGGGAGGAGCGGAGGGCAGUGGUGUGGGUGAGGAUAGACAUCAAGGACACCGGAGAGGGCAUUUCCACUGACGCACUCACACGGCUGUUCACGCCGUUCCGGCAGGUGGACGACUCGUCGUGCCGCAAGCACGGCGGCACGGGCCUGGGUCUCUCCAUCUGUCGCUCGCUCGCGGCGCUCAUGGGGGGCUGCAUCUCCGUCGCCUCCUCCCCCCGCCACGGCUCCACCUUCUCCCUCCACCUGCCCUUCCAGCCCGCCCCCCGCCCUGACGAGAGUGUUCACGGUGUGUCGCCAGUUCAUCCGAGCUACGAUGGGAAGCAGCCGGAACUGGCGCCCAGCCAUGCUGGUCAGCUGCAGCAGCAGCUGCAGCAGCAGCAGCAGCAGCAACAGCAGCAAGAGUCAGAGGAAAAAGGAUGUGGUGUGAAACCAGAUGGUGCUGCUGAGACGGUUAACAGGGAAGCAAAGCACGCGGGCUGCAAACGCUGUAAGGAACGUGGGAGGGAGGCAGCAAUGGUGAAUGGCAGUGGCAGCGGUAGGCCAGUCGAGGUAUUACACGUGGAUGACACAUCGUUAAAUAAGCUGAGGCGUGUGGAUCACAGUGUGGGAAGAGCUGACGGGUGUGUGGAGUCAGCAGGCGGAUCUAGAGCUACAAAGGAAAGAGGGAGUGUGGCAGUUGCGUCUGAGGCGUCUCAAGGCUUAGCUGCAUUCGAGUCUGCUCAAGGUUGCAAGAGAGUAAGAGUAGAGGGCGCUACAGGGGCAGAGGAAGGUCGGGAGAGGCGAGGUGGUGAGCCGAUGGGAGUAAGCAGGGAGGGGAGGGAGAGACAUGGUGAGACGAAGCGGCCCCCCGAAGGAGGUGUGGAACGUGCAUUCCCCAGGUCCCCCUCUAAUGGUGGGGUAUUUCCCAAGUCCCCCUCUAAUAACGGGGCAUUUCCAAAGUCAACCGCCAAGGGUGGCGCAUUUCCCAAGUCCCCGUCUUGCGGCGGGGCGUUUGAGGGGCUGCGGUGUCUGGUGGUGGAGGACAACGCGGUGAACCGCAUGGUGGUGGUGCAGCUGCUGAGGAACCUGCGAGUCUCGUGUGACGUGGCAGAGAACGGCCACAAGGCCGUGGAGGCCUGCCGCUCCACCAACUACCACGUCAUUUUCAUGGACUGCCACAUGCCAGUCAUGGACGGGUUUGAAGCCACCACGCGCAUCCGGGAGCUUCAGUCCAGCGCCCACAUCGCCCCCAUCCCAAGCUCCAAUGCAGCUGAAUCCAUGCCCUUCCAACCAACCCAACUCUCUGAAAAUCACCGCCUAACCGAAGCUCACAAUUCUCUUCGUAGAUUACACGCAGAGCAGGGAGAGGGGCAGCGGAAGGAGCAGCCAGAGGGGCAGCGAUCAGAGCAGCGAGAGGAGGAUGAGAGGACUGAUCAGGGAAGGGUAGCUCAGCAGCGCUCUAGUGUCCCAGAGGAGGAGGAGAGAAGGGCGGGGCACAACAACAGUGUGGUGCAGAGGUCGACAAUAUAUGCUGUCACUGCAAGCACCAUGAAGCACGAGAGGGACAAGUGUGCGCAUGCAGGCAUGGACGGGUUCCUGGCGAAGCCCAUCCGCCUGAGGGACCUUGAACUGGUACUCUCUCAGAUCGUUGCACGGGAUAGGCUAUAG